AUGGGGGGGUCUGAGCAGAAGGCCGGGAGGCAAGGGGACAGCACUGAGGGCUGCGGGGAGGGGUGUGUUGUGCGGUUGCUUACUGCGUGCGGGACCCAGGCCAGCGGGGCUGUGGCCGCCUUCCCCAGGAAGGACAAAGCAGAGGUGGGAAGGGGUGGCCUCGCGCCUCCUCUCCCUCCUCGCUCUCUCUGGGCCCACCACCACUUUCUCUUUUUUGGUUCGGGAUGGAGGCAUCUUGAAUAUUUUAUGCAAAAACUAACGGCUAAUGAGGUGUCCACAGCCAGGCCAGGGAAGAAGAGGGGAAUGAAGGGGAGGGCAAGAUUGACAGAUCUCUGGAGUAUUCCAAGAAGAAGCGUUUUCAGCUCAGUUUUUCAGCUGCCGGGUUCCACUCCAUCUGGGAAAUACUUGAAUCUCUAG